GGUGAAUCGUCCAUUUGCGUGUUGCAUUGCAUUUUUAUUUCAUUAAAAUUGUAAAAUAUCCUUGUCCUUAUUAUUUUUUCUGUGAUCAAUCUUAUCUGAGAACUAGUGUAGAAAGAAACCUCGAUAUAAAAGCAUGGAUUUGAUCAAUUUGUCGCCGGCAAGUGAGAAAUCUCAGUCGAUAUUGUCGAUGAGUAUGCCGGCUCCGCUGCUGCCGCCGAUCGAGAAUUGGGAAGGGCGACUCAGCAUCAGUGGGGACCCUUUUGAGAAGAUGCAGACGCAGGCGAACCUCCACAACGACCCUUAUGAAUGUCUGAACCACAAUCGGGCCGCUUCUGGGCCUCUUUCAACCAAUCUGGGAGACUUGGAGGAGUUCCUACAAAGUGACUUCAUGAUCACGCCACUUGACUCCAAUCGAGCUUUUAUUUUCUGUGACAUCUCGCCGAUCUUCAACUCAUUCAGCGGCGGUCAAGCUUCCCUGCUCGACAAGGGUUUCCUGAUGCAGAGCUCUUCCGCUUUGUCCGGAUCUUCGGCAAAAAUCUACAGCACCAGCGGAGAAAAAGUCUCCCCAGCGAAGAGCUCUGAAAACAAUGCAGAAGUUACGGCCUGGCACUCGAUAGUGGCGGAGAAUCAGGAGGAUUUAACAACUCAAACUCCGCCGCCGAUGUUCGAUGGAGAGGAACUAGAUGACAGUCUGGAGGACAUGAAGAUCAUAUCCCUGGAUGACAUACCCGCAGCUGAAGACAUUAAAGAGCCAGAGUGCGUCACUCCUCCUCCUCCUCAGGAGACUUUGGCUGUGACGCAUUCCGUCAAUGUUGAAGACCUCCGACGUCGAAUGAAAGAUAUGCUCAACAAAAAGGUCAAUCCCGACGACUCAGCGUUGAUUCCCACGGACGAGUGUCUGGAUAACGUAGGUCUUGAGCGCCAAGGUACUUUCAAUAUCGACAAAGGAACAGAGAAGAACCAUUCAAACGACACUGGCGAAAUAAAGUCUCCGGAGGAGCAGAAAGACACUGAAAACGCUUUUCUGGAGAAACUGAAGGUGAUCUGCGGAGAACACAAUGUCAGCUUUGUUAGGGAUGCCGCUGAUGUGCAGGAUAAUCAGUCGAAGAUCGUGCUUUUCAUGAAUGAUUCUUCCGAGACUGGCCAGCGCCAGCCGGUCCUGAAGCGCAACAACUCAUUCUCCAGUGAGAUUCCUCGCAACGUGAGUGUUUCGUCCGGUAGACGGCGUCGUUCCGCGACGGCUGUAGAGACGCGCAUGCAGGAUCGCGAGGCGGCGCGUGACUGGAGUUCUGCCGUGAAUCGUGCUCUGCCAUCGCCGCAAUUCCGCGGGAAACUGAAGCUGCGCACGGCAGAAGUGAAGCCAAGCGUGAAAGUGGGGCCAAUGCGAGCUCUGCAGCCUCAGCCGAAAAUCCGCGUGGAUGAGAAUGAGACACCACCUGAACUUGUGGCGAAGACAAGAGAUAAAAGGAAGUCACUUGUGGCCACGAGCACUCCAAAAGGUGAUACAAAGCCGGUGAAAUUCUCCACGCCGAAUGUGAACUUGGCCGUAAAGGAUGGGACCAAGCGCAGGAGCAGCUCAAGGUUCUUAUUGCCCGUUAACAACACGAUCCGCUCACGCUACUCACUCACGCCGUCCAAAUAAGUCUGACUUGCACAUGAUUUUUUAAAAUAAACUUUUGAGAUU